GGGGACUCCUUUAAGGCGCAAAUGCCAUCAAGUUCAGCACUGCCCAGGCUGUUGUUUGUCUCAGCGGGUGAUGACAUGGGGGUCAACCAGUCCGUGGGCUUUCCACCUGUCACAGGACCCCACCUCGUAGGCUGCGGGGAUGUGAUGGAAGGUCAGAGUCUCCAGGGGAGCUUCUUUCGGCUCUUCUACCCCUGCCAAGAGUCAGAGGAGACCGUGGAGCAGCCCCUGUGGAUCCCUCGCUAUGAGUAUUGCACUGGCCUGGCCGAUUACCUGCGGUUUAAUAAACGCUGGGGGGGGUUGCUGCUCAACCUGGCUGUGGGAUCCUGUCGCCUGCCUGUGAGCUGGAAUGGUCCCUUUAAGACGAAGGACUCUGGAUACCCCUUGAUCAUCUUCUCCCAUGGAAUGGGAGCCUUCAGGACGCUGUAUUCAGCCUUCUGCAUGGAGCUGGCCUCCCACGGCUUUGUGGUGGCUGUUCUAGAACACAGGGACGGGUCAGCCGCGACCACCUGUUUCUGCAAGCAGGCCCCGGGGGAGAACCGGCUCACUGAUGAGUCACUGGAGGAGGAAUGGAUCCCUCACCGUCAGAUUGAAGAAGGGGAGAAGGAGUUCCAUGUCCGCAAUUGCCAGGUGCAUCAGAGGGUGAGUGAGUGUGCACGAGUGUUGAAGGUCCUGCAGGAGGUCACUGCGGGGCAGAUCGUCCUCAACGUCUUGCCUGGCGGGUUGGAUCUGAUGACUUUGAAGGGCGGCAUCAACAUGAGCCGUGUGGCCGUGAUGGGACAUUCAUUUGGUGGGACCACGGCGAUACUGGCUUUGGCCAAGGAGACCCAAUUUCGGUGUGCUGUGGCUCUGGAUGCUUGGAUGUUUCCCCUGGAACAUGACUUCUACCCCAAGGCCCGAGGCCCUGUGUUUUUUAUCAAUGCUGAGAAAUUCCAGACAAUGGAGAGUGUCAACUUGAUGAAGAAGAUAUGUGCUCAGCAUGAACAAUCCAGGAUCAUAACUGUCCUUGGUUCUGUUCAUCGGAGUCAAACUGAUUUUGCCUUUGUGGCUGGUAACUGGAUUGGUAAACUCUUCUCCACUCAGUCCCGUGGGAGCUUGGACCCCUAUGAAGGUCAAGAGAUUAUGGUGAGGGCCAUGUUGGCCUUCCUGCAGAAGCACCUUGACCUGAAAGAGGACUAUGACCAGUGGAACAGCCUCAUUGAAGGCAUUGGACCGUCGCUCACCCCAGGGGCCCCGCACCAUCUGUCCAGCCUGUAGGCACAACAGGCCAUUUGUGAAAGGUCACUGAGCUGAGUUCCCAUUCGGGGCCUGCGCAGGGACACCCGUAGGCUCCUAUCGAGAAGUGGUUGACGGUGACCCUUCUUCACAGACUGAGAGCAUGCAAUCACUCUGCUGAUUAGAUAACUUGGUCCUUGGAUCUUGGACUUGUUGAUUUCAGACUCCUGCUGGGGCAUGGAUCACUGAAUGGUUGGCAAACUGACUUUCUGGGAACUGAACCCUGAUGGGUGGGAACAAGCAAUGGGGUAGAAUUGGGGCGGGGGGGGGUGCUUCAGGCCCCAAGCACCAUUAACCCCGUGGCGUGCUCCCUCACCUUGGGCCGGUGUGGCUUCUGAGGCGGAUGAAAUGAAGCCAAAGGAUGGAGUGAAAUUCCCAGCUUCAGGUCCAUCUCUUCCCACCUCUCAGCCUGCUCCCUCGCCAGGGCCACUUGGUAAGUUCUGAGCACUUUAGGUAACUUCCUAGGAUAGAGACCACCAUCUCCUGUUUAUUUUCAAGCCUUCUUGUUACAUGAAACAUGGUCAGCACUCAGGCCUGUGAGCCCAUGGAGGGCAGAAGCACUGUCCUCACAGCCAAGGUGGGGGAAGCCAGGUCCAGACUCGUAUCACAGAAGCUCUGGAUGUCAUGGACUUUUGCUAAAAACGUAUCUAGAUGAGAAUCAACACAAGUUGGUUGAGAUGGAGAAGACAGAUUAACACCAUUAAGUGGCUUUUUGAACAGGCCCUUGCCACACGAGGGAUAGUUCAGUUGGUCAGAAUUCAGGCAGCCACCCCUGGAAAGCUCUAGGGACUCUUUGGUCUCGCCCCUUCCCUCAGGUACCAUGAGCCUCCAACUUGCUCAGGGUGCUGUAGGUGUCUGUUUUCUGUCUCUGAGGCCCUAGCCUGAAAUGUAAGUCAAGAUAUGGACCGAAUUUCCAUGCUGUUCCAUUUAUAAUAUGAAUGACAUUAAUACUCAUGUUUGCCUAAUGA